UUUAGAAAGUCACAUGAACUUUGAGACCAGUCCAGCUGUCUCAAACCUCUCUUCACUUGAGAGACACAUGAACUACCACGCCUCCAGUCCUGCAUCAGACAUCACUUCAGCUGAAAAUUCACACAGAGUUCACCAGGGCACAUACCAGGGGUCAGACCACACAAACCUCGGAGCACACAAGGGCACAAACUAUGUAGCACACCAGGGAUCACACUAUGGAGCACAUCAGGGAACAUACCAAGAGGCAAUCCACGGAGCACUUCAAGACCCAAACAACGGAGCACACCAGGGAUCACACAACGGAGCACUCCAGGGAUCACACUAUGGAGCACACCAGGGAUCACACUAUGGAGCACACCAGGGAUCACACAACGGAGCACACCAGGGAUCACACUAUGGAGCACACCAGGGCUCACACAACGGAGCACACCAGGCAUCACACUAUGGAGCACACCAGGGACCACACAACAGAGCACACCAGGGAUCAAACUAUGGAGCACACCAGGGACCACACAACGGAGCACACCAGGGAACAUACCAAGACGCAAACAACAGAGCACACCAGGGAUCACAGUACGGAGCACAUCAGGGCACACUGACUGAACUGGUCAAUGAAAAUCCAAGAGCACAACUAACAUCGCAGGGGAAUGAACAUACCAACGAGUUGUCUCCUUUCAAGAGGAAUGUGCUUAAACUUCUCAUGGAAGUUAAGGCAGAGCUAAAAGAGCAGAGAGCAAUGAUACAAAACUUACAGGGAGUGCCUGCUGUACCUGAUCAGGAAAUAAGAUGUGGCUUGCAGUUACCUUUACAAUCUCUUGAAGAUUUUGAGGAAUUGGAGAGGUUGGAUGAGACCGAAAAAAAUAGAUUGAUUUACCAGCUGUCACUUCUAGGUGGGCAUAAAUUGGAAGGCACUAUAAGAAAAAUGUUGAGCCACAUUUUAAGCAACAAACUGGCUUCGUCAUUGAACUGGGCAGGACGUGGAGAGAAGAGGAGCUUCGAGACCUCAAAUCUCUCAAAGAUAAUGUUCCGUUUUUCUGGGAUCUCCUUAGCUGAGGACAUCAAGAUGCUGGCCUGUUACUGCAGAUGUGGCCUAACUGUACACCACACCAACCUCUCUGCUUUUGAUUAUAUCAUGUUCUAUUAA